AUGAAUUCCUGGUCCAACAGCAAUCUCAACGUACUUCCAUCUUUCAGUGGCACACAACACCUUCUCAAAAACGUUACCAAGCCUCCAGAACUCUUAGCUCUCCCUGAUAUCUCUGAGCGAUGGAUUUCUGCCAUGAUUGCGAUGUCUGCACACAAUAUGCAUCGCAACGGCAACCAUCUUGAUUCUGACCUUGGGUUUCAUCCUCUGACAGUGGAGCACUAUAGUACGGGUAUCUUCGAAGGAAUCAGCGAAGCAGAGAAGAGAAAUGCUGGAGAAGAUCAGAGGUUUCAUCUCACUUGUAUUCGUCAUAUCAUUUAUGACCUUUGCACUCUUCUCGAUAGGUUGUCUGGUGGUUCAACCAUCGUUCUGCAUCAUCCUGGAGCAACUGCCCCACAAACCGACCUUACUCUGGCAAACUUGACAGCCAAAGUCUACAUAGAUCCCAAAGUUCUUCAUGACCACCCUUCUCUUCAUAUCGUAGCUGCUGAGCUUGUUCAAACCUUCAUUCAACACUGGGCAAGGCCAGUUGCACAAGCUUUCAGAGAUCGACGAAUAUCACGUGGAUGGAGGCAAAUAUCUACACAUACACAGGUGCCUACUCCCAUUCCUCGCAGUGAUCCACAAGCUCUUGUCCCUCUCCCAGUUGACAUGCCAUCAGCCUGCUCCUUUGAAUUCAUCGGCCGUCAUCCAGGGUCCUUGGAACAGAUUCUGUCGUCCCACACAGUCCACUCUCACUUUCCAAAUGCCAUCACAACUGGGCAGCUCCAGGUCAUCAAAUGGUCAUUGAAGCCGAUUUCAUCAUUUAACCAAUCAUCAGCCCCAUCAAUCUCAUCAGCUGAAUCUGACUCACGCUCCCAAUGCAGCACGGCUCAUAUCAUUGACCAAUCUGCCAGUGCGAAUAUAACGGAUAUCGUAAUCUAUGCCGAGUCUCUCCCGCCAUCUGCACGUCUCGGUUUACCCAUAGGGAGCCGUCCCAUAUCACCUACGGUCAGAUCACGAGUUUGGGAUCCGAGUUCCCCUCAACAUGCCACGUCAUCUGAUAAUAUACUGGCAUCUCCAGUCAGAGCUCGUGGAGUGCACCGCUCAAAUGCAUUUGAUUUCGCUUCAGUUUCGCCACCCAUUUCUUCAACCCCCCGGCGGUUGCGUUCCUUUGGGGACAAUACUAAAAAUGUUCUUCGUCGCCUGGGCAUCCUGGAUACAUUUCAUGAAGUAUGUCGUUCUAUUAGCUUGUCUCAUUUGGAUGAUGCUUGGGGAGCCGAGCUAGCAAAGAUGAAAGAAUUUGAUAUUGGGGCGCUAGAAGCUGAAGAAAUUGCUCUCGCAAUGCAUUAUGAUUCACCAAAGCUCACUCGUAAUGAACGUGCUAUUGUCACUGAACGUAGACGCCAGGAACGCAGUGAUGAAGAUGCUGCCAUUGCAGAAGUUCUUGAGUACAUCGAGAAUAAGGCUACCGAGCUUGCGACACGCUUCCGAAGGACUCCCCGUCGUUACCUUGAACACUUUUAUAUUGGUUCUGCUUUAAGGCGCAAGAAACACAUUAAGACAAGUGCAUGGUCCGUGUUCAUGCACUUCAAGGGCAAGGACAUCAAUAAAGAUAGGGACUCCGGCAAAAGAGACAAUAUUCAGCAGCUCGUCAAAAAUGCCAAUAAUUAUCACAGCCUUACAGCAGAAGAACGCGCCCAACUUGUCACUGCAUUUGAUGAAGAGAAGAAUGCUGCUCGUGUCAAGCCCCCAAAUCUGUCGGUCAAGACUUCCAAUGGCGAGUGCUCAAGCAGCUUUGCAGCUGUAGUGGAUGAGCUCGAAGCCCUAAAACAACGGAUUGGAACUGAAGCCCUUGUCAUCCUGGUUCGCGGCGGCUGCAACCUCAACCUACAGCCGAAGGUUCACUUCACAUGUGCGGCAGCUGAACAAUUUUUAAGAACAGCCACUCGCAAGGAUCCCAUGGAGUUUGCAUGCAAGCUCGAAGGCUACAUACUAUCUGGUGCAAAGCAGACAAUCAGGAGCGGCAUGCAAGCUGGGUUGAGUAAGUGUCUCAUUGAUUUUGUACCUCAUACAGUUCUGACUUAUUGUGCAGUUCAAAUCACUGGCAAGACAAAUAUUAAUUUCGAGUAUCUACGUUAUGAAGCUGCUGUAGUCCAAGAGCAUCUUGUGAAGGUGGUGGGGUGGAAUCACAAAGACUGGGCCAACCCAAGCGAUCUGAAAGGAGGUAUCGAAGCACUUGAAACACUUGCUAGCGCUGUGAAAGCGAAGACCUGCAAAUUUGUGAAGAUCACUGCAAGCCAGGCUGAAGAGCGCCUCCUGCGCAUUGCGGCAGGAGAAGUUCUCACGCCAAACUUUGACAAAGAUUCAACAGACAUCCAAGUCACGUCACCAGCGCCUUCCAGGUCAUCCGCUCCCAGUGCUACUACU